CCGCGCCCCACCGGCCCCGCCUCUGCUGAGAUUCCCGCGCACGCGAGGUCACCGCGGAGCUGGGUGCUGCCGGCGGCGGCGGGCGCCUCAGGGCAGCGGUUUGGAGCCUCUCCCAGCCCCUGGCUGCUCUGGGGCCUCGCUGGAGGCUUGGGCCCGAUCUGGCCGUGGCCGGAGCAGUGACGGGCAGCGGCACGGCCAUGGGUGAUGAGGACAGCAACUCCAGCCUUGAGGCUGGAUUCCCAGUGGGCAUAGAUCUACGAACACGAGUUCUUCAGUUCGUAGAAGACAGAAUGCAAACUACUAUGCUAACUGGAAUAGUAAUUGGAGCUGCAGUGGCAUUGCCCCUUAUAGGGAUUUUUGUGUUUGUCGUUUACAGAAAGGUGAAGCAAUCUAGACAACCUCAGCCACAAGUGCCUCAGUACAGAUUUCGCAAGAGAGACAAAGUCAUGUUCUAUGGGCGGAAGAUCAUGAGAAAGGUGACAACUCUCCCAAACUCUCUGGUUGGGAACAUGGUGCCUCGUCAAAGGAUGCGGAAAAGAGCAAAGGUUUUGUCUUUGGCUAAGAGGAUUUUGCGUUUUAAGAAGGAGUCUCCAACUCUGCAACCAAAGGAGCCGCCUCCCUCCCUGCUGGAAGCAGAUCUAACUGAAUUUGAUGUGAAGAAUUCCCACUUGCCAUCAGAAGUCCUGUACAUGCUUAAAAAUGUCAGGGUUCUUGGCCAUUUUGAGAAGCCUCUCUUCCUGGAGCUGUGCAAGCACAUGUUCUUUGUGCAACUGCAUGAAGGCGAAUACAUCUUCCGUCCUGGGCAGCUGGAUAACAGCAUCUAUGUCGUGCAGGAUGGCAAGCUAGAUGUUUGCGUUCAAGAAAGUGAUGGCACUGAAGUGGUCGUUAAAGAAGUGCUGGCAGGGGACAGUGUCCACAGCCUCCUCAGCAUUCUUGAUGUUAUCACGGGUCACCCUGCUCCAUAUAAAACAGUUUCAGCCCGAGCAGGAACACCAUCCACUAUAUUGCGACUUCCAGCCAGUGUUUUUCAGGAUGUUUUCCAGAAGUACCCUGAAACUCUUGUCAGAGUGGUACAGAUCAUCAUGGUGAGGCUCCAGAGAGUGACAUUCUUGGCUUUGCACAACUAUCUUGGCCUGACCACUGAGCUCUUCAAUUCCGAGAGCCAGGCCAUCCCAUUGAUAUCUGUGGCAAGUGUAACAUCUGGAGGAAGUUCAAACAAAGAGGUGAAAAGACAACUGUCUAAUGUAUCGGAGGAGGAACGGGGAGAAAAAUUGGAGAAAGCAGGGGAUACCACAGGAACAGACACAGUGAAGACUUCAGGUACAGAGAAUUCUGAGAAUUUUCUCAAAAGAAGAGUUUCUUUGACAUCCUCUUCUGGAUCAGCAGAGGCGCUUGGUAGCUCCAGUGGCACUAAAUCAGACUUGGAUAUGGCGUACGAGAGAGCCAGGGUGCAUUUCACACCAGAUGAAGCUCCGACCAGUCCUGUUGUGAGCAAGUCUAUAUUGAAGAAGACUGUGACCGUGACAGAAACUCCCUCUGCGGUUUUCCAUUACACAGAGGGUGACCUAACUGCGCCAGACUCCUGUGCUAGCAAACAAGUUGAUGCCAUCUUCGAAGCUGCUAAGAAAGACCUUUUAACAUUGAUGAAACUCGAUGACCCCUUGUUGCUGAAGGGUAAAGUAACAUUGCAUCAAGUUACGGCUGGGACUGUGGUAUCAAGGCAGGGAGACCAGGAUGUCAACAUCCAGUUUGUGAUCUCGGGUUUGCUUCAUGUGUACCAGCGGAAGAUAGACUCUGAGGAAGAGACCUGUCUUUUCAUCACCCAUCCGGGGGAAAUAGUAGGCCAACUAGCCGUCCUUACUGGGGAACCUCUCAUUUUCACCAUCAAGGCCAAUCGAGACUGCACGUUCCUGUCCAUUUCCAAAUCCCAUUUUUAUGAGAUAAUGCGGGUGCAGCCAAGUGUAGUGCUGGGUGUGGCCCACAGUGUUGUAAAGAGGAUGUCCUCAUUUGUGAGGCAGAUUGACUUUGCCUUGGACUGGAUGGAAGUGGAGGCUGGACGAGCUGUUUACAGGCAGGGGGACAGGUCAGACUGCACAUACAUUGUGCUGAAUGGUCGACUUCGUUCUGUCAUUAGGAUGGAUGAUGGGAAAAAACAACUGACUGGUGAAUAUGGGCGAGGAGACCUAAUCGGGGUGGUGGAGGCAUUAACCCAUCAGCCUAGAGCCACAACAGUACAUGCAGUCCGAGAUUCUGAACUGGCCAAGCUACCAGAGGGAGCACUGACAUCUAUCAAACGCAAAUUCCCACAGGUUGUGACCAGACUGAUCCAUUUGCUGGGUGAGACGAUUCUUGGCAGCCUUCAGCAGGGGGGUCAUCCUCUUGGAUUGCAUACCACUGGCAGCAAGUGGGAUGCUGGAAACGCUGCCAGCAACCUCUCCACCGUAGCAAUCAUGCCAGUGUCUGAAGAGGUACCACUUACCGCCUUUACUUUGGAGCUCAAACACGCUGUCAGUGCUAUUGGUCCUGCUUUGCUGCUCACCAGUGAUAAUAUCAAACAGCGGCUUGGUUCUGCUGCACUGGACAGUAUCCACGAGUACAGGCUAUCUAGCUGGCUGGGGCAGCAGGAAGAUAUUCACCGUAUUGUGCUCUACCAGUCUGACAGCACCCUUACUCCUUGGACACAGCGCUGUAUCCGACAGGCUGACUGCAUCUUAAUAGUGGGGUUGGGAGAACAGGAGCCCACUGUUGGAGAGCUGGAAAGGAUGCUGGAGAACACUGCAGUCCGAGCCCAGAAGCAGCUGAUCCUGCUCCAUAAAGAGGAUGGGCCUCUCCCUUGCCGAACUGUGGAGUGGCUCAACAUGAGGAGCUGGUGCUCGGCUCAUCUUCACCUCCGCUGUCCCCGUCGAGUCUUUUCCCGGAGGAGCCUACCCAAGCUGAUAGAAAUGUAUGAACGAGUAUUUCAGAAACCACCAGACCGUCACUCUGACUUCUCUCGACUAGCCCGUGUUUUGACUGGAAAUGCUGUGGCCCUAGUGCUCGGAGGUGGUGGAGCCAGAGGGUGCUCCCAGGUGGGGAUUAUCAGGGCACUGAUCGAAGCAGGCAUCCCAGUUGAUAUGAUUGGAGGAACUUCCAUUGGCUCAUUCAUGAGUGCCCUGUAUGCUGAAGAGCGUAGCUAUAAUCAGAUGAGGAUCAAAGCAAGGCAAUGGGCAAUGGAAAUGAAUUCAGUGUUUAAGACUGUGCUAGACUUGACAUAUCCAAUAACCUCCAUGUUCUCUGGAGCUUCAUUUAACAAUGGCAUCAGCAACAUCUUCAAAGACAAACAGAUUGAGGAUCUGUGGAUUCCUUACUUCACUAUCACGACUGACAUUACUGCGUCAGCCAUGAGAGUCCACACAGAUGGUUCCCUUUGGAGGUAUGUCCGUGCCAGCAUGUCACUGUCUGGGUACAUGCCCCCUCUCUGUGAUCCAAAGGAUGGGCAUCUCUUGAUGGAUGGAGGUUAUAUCAACAAUCUUCCAGCGGAUGUUGCAAGGUCCAUGGGGGCAAAAGUGGUGAUAGCAAUUGAUGUGGGCAGCCGGGAUGAGAUGGACCUCACCAACUAUGGCGACACUCUGUCUGGCUGGUGGCUGCUGUGGAAGAGAUGGAAUCCCCUUGUUGAAAAAGUGAAGGUGCUGAACAUGGCAGAGAUCCAGACCCGGCUUGCGUAUGUGUGCUGCGUGCGGCAGCUGGAGAUGGUCAAGAACAGUGAAUAUUGCGAGUACAUUCGGCCGCCCAUCGACAGAUAUGGCACCCUUGACUUUGGGAAGUUUGAUGAAAUCUGUGAAGUGGGAUAUCAGCAUGGGAAGACAGUAUUUAAUGUCUGGGGCAGGAGCGGAGUCCUUGACAAGAUGUUAAAAGACAGGCAGGAGAUCUGCAAAUCCAAAACAUCAGGUAUUGUGACCUGUCCUAGCACCUCUUUCACUGACUUGGCAGAAAUCGUGUCCAGAAUUGAGCCAGUCAAAGCAGCUCUGGUAGAUGAUGAAUCUGACUAUCAGACUGAGUAUGAAGAAGAAAUUCUAGACAACCAGAAGGACGAUUACGCUAAUUUCCUAAGCAGCCAGGUGGAAGAGGAUUCUGACUCCGAUGAGGAUGUACAGAUAAGAAAACGCAUCACCAUCCCCAAACAGGAGAGUCGACCCAACAACACAGGGGAGCCCAGCUAAUCCCCAGGGAAGCCAUCAGGACUUGUCUUUCAUUUGGUCACAUAACUGUAGUUUCACUGACUAACAGCCCUUUUUAUAAAGAGAUUGCUUGGUUGAGAUGUUGCAGUUUCUCAUCCCUCUCCGAUCAGGAUGGAGGGGCUGUUUAACUGUCCUGCGAGGAGACCCACCAUAAUGAAGCACAAGAAGUGCCAGUGCGCUACCCACAACUCCAUGCCCAGUGAUUUCUCAUGCCAUGGAAAUUUACAAUGUCUUUGCUCCUUUCUCCAGGUACCAUUGUGGGUUGCAAGUCAUUGAUCUCUCUGGGGUUUGUACGGCGAAGGGGUGUGCUGGGAGUUGUCUGUGGUUAGAAGUGUGUUCAGAUGCUGCUUUGGCUGUCUGCCACCAUGAGUUCUGUUUGCUGUUCUGGCCCAGAAGGCUAAAAAAAAGAGAACAUUGCUGGAAUGUAUGUGCACGGCCACUGCUGCGAAGGGUCAAUACGUGAGCAUUAGCGUGCAGGGAUGUUUGUCACAAGAGCCAGGCAGCCACAUUGUUAACUCAGCUCUGUAUUUAUUUUGCAACUGUGUAAGUAGGAGCAAUGCUGUGAUAGUAGGAUAAAGGGUCUCUGGCUGCUUGAAGACUUAACAGGAAAUCUAAAUGCUACAAGUUAAUUACUCUAAAGGCUACUCAUUUGCUUCAGAUACUGUAUAAUCAAGCCAGCUGCAGGAGCAUGUAAUGAUGGCACAUUUAAUUGCUAUUUGCCAGGCAGUUACAGAGUAGCUACAUAGCUGUAGCUGCCUUGUGAAACAAAGUGGUAACUGCUGAAAUGAAAUGCCAGUGCGUGGUUCUCAGGGGGUUACAAGAUUCUGUCAUGGAUCAGUCACUGUUUUGUGGAGUGUGAUAAAUUGCCAGGGAGGUUAUGUUGAGUCGAUAAGAGUUCAUGUUUUAAAGGUCUCAUUGCAGGCAUGCAAAACUUUGCCCAACUUUUCAGGAGCUCCACAAAGGUUGCAGCCAUCUAAAAUGGAGCAGUCCAGGUUCCAUUCCCAGCAUGGCACUCUCUGUCAUGACCCCGCUGGAAGGUGUUUGAAUGCUAAAGAUUUUUGGGAAUGCACCAGUAGUCCAAAGAUCUUAAGUCACUUCUGCUGAGAUCAGAACCUCCUAAGGUGACGCUUGUACUUAAGAAGACACCCUCAGUUUAUAACCACAGCUGGAGUCCUUUUUAUAUAUGUACUUUAAAAUAAAAUUGCAGCAGAGAAAUCAA